CAUUCAUUCUCUGCAUCCCGCACCAAUGGCCGACCAGAUAUCCAAUUUUUAAAAGCAAACGGGCUUUCUUUCUCUCAGAUCAUUGGAGCAACAUACACCUGUGAAUGUGAGCAACAGGCGAGAUGGAUCUGAGUUUUACGCGGCAUUCGAGAAUCUCACUUGGUCCACAUAAUGGUCAGCCAGGGUGCGUUCGCCCUUGCUGACCCGCGGACGCCGAAGGGCAAGCAAGCCAAGAAGCUGCAAAAACGAUGGCUGCAAAAUACGCCCCUGAUUGCUAGCUGGCAAAUAUAUCUUGAUACUUUCGCCAGUCGUGAUGUGUCAAGCUUUCUCCUAUCGGACAUUUGAUCCUUUGAUGAAACUUGACGAUAUAGCUGUUUGCUCGGCAGUUUCACCGCUUGUAGUUCAAGUUGAGUCACGGCACAGGAAAAACGACUUACUGCGCUUCAUUUAUUUUGACUCACCUACCUUGUGAACAUUGAGGCAUCUACAUAUGAUGACUGACUUUAAGCCCACCAAAUCCAAAGCCACCAAAGGCUCUGAACAAACAGUAAUCCGCCCUCUUGGUCAAUUAGAGCAGUACCAGUCAGCUCUACAUCAUUUGGACUUUUACGCCGGCACGUCGGUUGCAUGCAGCUAUGCCGGGCCAGACGUCUCAGCAAUCCUAGAAAACAGCAGCGCCGAGUCCGAUGAAGGUGUGCUCCCGACCUGGCUCGCUCGAGCUGUGGCGGGAGUCGUUCGACAACAGCCGCUGUUGAGAGUUGGACUGCUGGGGGAAGACUCGCGUCGCCCCAAGUGGGUUGAACUUGACAAAAUCGAGCUUGCCAACCACGUCAAGUACGUGACGCAGACGGCGGACCAGGAGUUGCAGGAUUCCCAGGAUGAGUUUCUGCUAGAUGCCAAAUUUGAGAAUCUCGAGACGCGCCCUGGAUGGAGGAUGUUGGCAACUCGCCGUCGGGCGGCCGACAAGUCCUACUAUCUUGACGUCUUGUUCAGCUGGAACCACACCAACGUGGACGGCAUGAGCGGGAAGAUCUUCCACAUGCUUCUGCUACGGCAGCUCAACGCUUGCGAUGCAGAGAUGCAAGAGACGGAUGCGACCGCGGCCUCAAGACCAGAAGAUAGCUGGCCGCACCCCGUCUCCGCGUCCAUAGACCCCCGCCGCUUCCCGCAGCCGCACGAGCAGCUGCUCAAGAUGAAGUUGACGCCGCCGUACCUCCUCAAGACUCUAUUUGAACACAAAGCCCCAGCGUGGCUGACCCCAGAAUCCAUGAAGCGCAGCUAUGCGCACUGGGCUCCGAUGCGGAGAGGGCCGAUGAAAACGCACUACGCCGAGUUUGGCCUCCCGGAAGAGCCCCUGUCGACCGUCCUCCAGCUCUGCAGGAGGCACGACACGACCCUCACGGGUCUCCUGCACGCCCUAACGCUCACGGCCAUGGCACUCCAGAUCCCCGAGUCCGAGCAGGUCGCCUUCCGGGCCGAGACGCCAAUCACGACGCGGCGCUUCAUAAAACCCACGGACAAAGAGACGGGCCACGACCGGAUGGAUCCGUACGAGACCAUGGCCAACUACGUGUGCUCGUCCAAGCACCGCUUCGGGCGGCGGCAGGUGGCCGAGAUCCGCAGGCUGCUGGCCCAGACGACGUCGCAGCAGGCGGCGGCACCGACAGCCGCGCCCGAGCUGCCGGCCGAGCUGGCCAAGGUGGUGUGGGAAGCGGCGCAGGGGGUGCGGCGGGACAUCAACGAGUACCUCGAGACGGGCACGACGGACAUGGCGACGGGCAUGAUGAAGUUUGUGGGCGACUGGCGGGCCGAGCACGAGGCCAACGCCGACAAGCCGCGGUCGUCGUCGUGGAUGGUCACCAACAUUGGCGUGCUGGACGGCAGCGACGGCCCCCGUGGCGGCGGACGCUGGGCCAUUGACAGGGCGCGGUUCCUCAUCUGCGCCGAGGCGGUCGGCCGCGGCUUGAACGUCAGCACCAUCAGCGUCAAGGGCCAGGGCCUGUCCGUCGGGCUGAGCUGGCAGGAUGGCGUCGUCGAGGAGUCGCUGGGUAAGGGGGUUGCGGCGAACCUGGAAUGCUGGCUUGUGGCACUGGCCCGACUGAGGAAAUCAGGCUGAAGCAUGCGUGGGCUGGCGUUCCAAAAGUGGUAGUGGGCGUCCGGAGGGAUGUAACGAUUCAGCCGGGACUGGUGAAUUGGCUGACAUGAAGAGUUUUGCUUCGUGAGUAUUGUUCCUGCUUUCCAUUUACUAAAUCGGUGGUACGAGUCGACUGCACAAUCCCAGCGUAUAUUACGUUGGCGAACGGAAGCGCGCAUUGUGCCUGGUUUAUGCUGUAUUUAGCCGCCGGUUGGAUUUUUGACUGGUUAGAUGGGUAUCGUACUGGACGCGUCUUGCUUUAUCUGUAACAACAACCUAGUAUCAAUUUCCCUUGCGGCUCCUUAUCACGCAGAAACACGG